AUGUGGAAAAUCACAGUCACGCUCUUGCUAGCAUGCUGUCUCCAGGCUGCUGUAGCACAGGAUCACCAGAGGAGCAUUUGGGAAGACCCGAUCUGGUUUGCUACUAAAGGCACCAAAGACAAUUGCUACAUGAGCAUGACAGGACAAGGAGAUGUGACAAACCUACGCAUCCUGUGCGAAGGGCCAGUGCGUUCUUACUGGUGCGAGUACAAGGGCAAGCCACACGUCUGCCGCAACUACAACAACAAUCCACGGCACUAUUACAAACAGAUCAUGUGGGACCUCCGCAAGCUGCAGAAUGCCUGCCAGGGCCAGAGCAUCAUUAAACCUCUGAUGUGCAAAAGAGCAUCUGAUGAGGCCCAAAUGGUCUUCACAUCCUCGUCCGAUGCUACACCAAAGGACCUUCCCUCCAGACCAAACUUUGCUAGACCUGAGCAGAUGAAACCACACCAGAGCAGACCGGAUCAGAGACCAUCGCUAACACAGCUCCAAACUUUCAGGAGCCAACCAGCCAGAGCUUCACAACGCAGGACAAAUCAAUCCAAAGCGUUCAGGAAAGAGAUGACACCCAAACCAACUGUGCCAAAGCCAACCGAUCAAGUACCCACGAGUGAGGCUAAGAGACUUGCCCGAUAUUACUGCUGGCGCUCCUUUCAGGGUGUGUGUUCCUACUUCAUAGGAUGGUUCAAAAACUAA